GGGGGGUGAGGAGGCGUUUGCUUCCUUUCCUUCUUUCUCUUGUCCUCUCUUCUCAGGAGAGAGGACCGCGAGGGGGACCGGGUCGCUUUUUGUUCGUCUGGAUCCCCGCUUUCCUCCCAGCCUCAUCCUUCCCAUCUUCCCCGGUUAAAACUCCUGGGCUAGUCCCCGCGUCCUUUCUCUUUGUCUUGUUUAUUAUAGCUGCCUUUCUUCCAGGCUCUUCCAAUUUGCUUGUCAUUUGCAUACCUUUCACUUCUCCUUUUUAACCCCAGCAGAGGGCCAGGGAGUAGGGAGGAAGGGAGAGGGAGGAGGGGGGCGCUCUAUUACUUUCCUCUCAAAACGCUGUCGAAGCCAAAAGGUUGAAAUCAGGGUUGGAGCAGUGGCGAGAUGGUCCCGGGAAGCGAGCGCGGCGCCCCUCUCCUGAGCUCCCAGGCACCAGGGCUAGGUCAAGUGGAGUAGGGGUCCCGGGAUUCUUGAGCUGUGCCCAGCUGACGAGCUUUUGAAGAUGGCACAAUAACUGUCCAGUGAUGCCUGACCAUGACAGCACAGCCCUCUUAAGCCGGCAAACCAAGAGGAGAAGAGUUGACAUUGGAGUGAAAAGGACGGUAGGGACAGCAUCUGCAUUUUUUGCUAAGGCAAGAGCAACGUUUUUUAGUGCCAUGAAUCCCCAAGGUUCCGAGCAGGAUGUUGAGUAUUCAGUGGUGCAGCAUGCAGAUGGGGAAAAGUCAAAUGUACUCCGCAAGCUGCUGAAGAGGGCGAACUCGUAUGAAGAUGCCAUGAUGCCUUUUCCAGGAGCAACCAUAAUUUCCCAGCUGUUGAAAAAUAACAUGAACAAAAAUGGUGGCACGGAGCCCAGUUUCCAAGCCAGCGGUCUCUCCAGCACAGGCUCCGAAGUGCAUCAGGAGGAUAUAUGCAGCAACUCUUCAAGAGACAGCCCCCCAGAGUGUCUUUCCCCUUUUGGCAGGCCUACUAUGAGCCAGUUCGAUAUGGAUCGCUUAUGCGACGAGCACCUGAGAGCAAAGCGCGCCCGGGUUGAGAACAUAAUCCGGGGUAUGAGCCAUUCCCCCAGCGUGGCGUUAAGGGGCAAUGAAAAUGAAAGAGAGAUGGCCCCGCAGUCUGUGAGUCCCCGAGAAAGUUACCGAGAAAACAAACGCAAGCAGAAGCUGCCCCAGCAGCAGCAACAGAGUUUCCAGCAGCUGGUUUCAGCCCGCAAAGAACAGAAGCGAGAGGAGCGCCGACAGCUGAAACAGCAGCUGGAGGACAUGCAGAAACAGCUGCGCCAGCUGCAGGAAAAGUUCUACCAGAUCUAUGACAGCACUGAUUCUGAAAAUGAUGAAGAUGGUAACCUGUCUGAAGACAGCAUGCGCUCGGAGAUCCUGGAGGCCCGGGCCCAGGACUCCGUGGGGAGGUCGGAUAAUGAGAUGUGUGAGCUGGACCCCGGGCAGUUCAUCGACCGAGCCCGGGCCCUGAUCAGGGAGCAGGAAAUGGCAGAAAACAAGCCCAAGCGGGAAGGCAGCAACAAAGAAAGAGACCACGGGCCAAACUCCUUACAACCAGAAGGCAAACAUUUGGCCGAGACCUUGAAACAGGAACUGAACACGGCCAUGUCGCAAGUCGUGGACACUGUGGUCAAAGUCUUCUCGGCCAAACCCUCCCGCCAGGUUCCUCAGGUCUUCCCACCGCUCCAGAUCCCCCAGGCCAGAUUUGCAGUCAACGGGGAGAACCACAAUUUCCACACCGCCAACCAGCGCCUGCAGUGCUUUGGCGACGUCAUCAUUCCGAACCCCCUGGACACCUUUGGCAACGUGCAGAUGCCCAGUUCCACAGACCAGACGGAAGCACUGCCCCUGGUGGUCCGCAAAAACUCAUCUGACCAGUCUGCCUCCGGCCCCCCCGCUGGCGGCCACCACCAGCCCCUGCACCAGUCGCCUCUCUCUGCCACCGCAGGCUUCACCGCGUCCACCUUCCGCCACCCCUUCCCCCUCCCCUUGAUGGCCUACCCGUUUCAGAGUCCACUAGGUGCUCCCUCCGGCUCCUUCUCGGGAAAAGACAGAGCCUCUCCCGAAUCCCUAGACUUAACUCGGGAGACCACGAGUCUGAGGACCAAGAUGUCAUCCCACCACCUGAGCCACCAUCCUUGUUCACCAGCACAUCCACCCAGCACCGCCGAAGGGCUCUCCUUGUCUCUCAUCAAAUCCGAGUGUGGAGAUCUUCAAGACAUGUCCGAAAUCUCACCUUAUUCGGGAAGUGCAAUGCAGGAAGGAUUGUCACCCAAUCACCUGAAAAAAGCAAAGCUCAUGUUCUUUUAUACCCGUUAUCCCAGCUCCAAUAUGCUGAAGACCUACUUCUCUGAUGUAAAGUUCAACAGAUGCAUUACCUCUCAGCUCAUCAAGUGGUUUAGCAACUUCCGCGAGUUUUACUACAUUCAGAUGGAGAAGUACGCGCGUCAAGCCAUCAACGAUGGGGUCACCAGUACCGAGGAGCUGUCUAUAACCAGAGACUGUGAGCUGUACAGGGCUCUGAACAUGCACUACAACAAAGCAAAUGACUUUGAGCAGGUUCCAGAGAGAUUCCUGGAAGUUGCGCAGAUCACAUUACGGGAGUUUUUCAAUGCCAUUAUCGCAGGCAAAGAUGUUGAUCCUUCCUGGAAGAAGGCCAUAUACAAGGUCAUCUGCAAGCUGGAUAGUGAAGUCCCUGAGAUUUUCAAAUCCCCAAACUGCCUACAAGAGCUGCUUCAUGAGUAGAAAUUUUCAACAACUCUUUUUGAAUGUAUGAAUAGUAGCAGUCCCCUUUGGGUGUCCGAGUUUUAUGUGUCUAGAUUUUGAUUUCAUAUGUAUGUGUCUGGGAGGCAUGGAUAUGUUAUGAAAUCAGCUGGUAAUUCCUCCUCAUCUUUCUCUCAUUUUUCUCUUGUUUUCCAUUGCAAGGGGAUGGUUCUUUUCCUUCCACCUUUAGUUUACUUUUGCCCAAGGCCCUUAACAUUUGGAGACUUAAAAUAGGGUUAAUUUUCAGGGAAAAAGAAUGUUGACGUGUGUAAAGUCUACAUUAGCGAGGAAGGGCGUUCGUUAAGGACGCUUCUGCUUGAUUGAUGGUUCAUUGCAAAUGGCGGUUGGCGGAGGGAACCCAUGACACAGCACAACGCUGAAGUCAGUGAUGUGUCUCUUGUUUUUCCUGCUGUGAAGGUCGGAAAACUCAAUGAAACCACUUGAUAAACUUUGUUUAAUAUUUUGUUUGGUUUGAACUCAGUAAGUAGCUUUUUAUGACAUGUUUAAAGAUAACACCAGUGGCAGAUGGACAGCUCACUUUUCAAAAGUAUCCCAAAAGGCCCAAUUUUAAAAAGAAACAGGAUCACUAACUAUCAAGCCUUUCCUGACGGAAAUGGCAAACACCCCCAACUAGUACCAAUUUCUUCUGGAGGCAAAGCAACUUAGUGCAAAACUGACUCUUUCACAAGAUGAGACUGGAAAUUCACGUGACCGCUGGUCACCCCUCAAUUUUGCAAUAGGUUCUUCUCUAUAAUAAAUGAGUAUAUGUCAUUCUUCAUAGAGAAAACCCCUAUCACGUGUUAUUUUUCAUUUAUCUUGCUUCAGAUAUUAAAAGGCACAUAAGUUUCAAAUGUACUCUUUCCUCAACCUUGUUUAUAUGCUUAAAAAGAAUUAUUAUUUCUGUUUAAUAUUUAACACUUGAGAAAAAAAAAAAACACUAUUUUCUGAAUACCUUUCUAUGGUAAGGAAGAAAGGACAUCCCAACUUGACCAUAAAAUUCCUGCCCACACUAGAAGUUUGGCAGCUGAGAUGAGUACACAUGAGAAUGACCUAUUUUCACAUACAUUUCCACACCACCCUGAUGGAUAUUCAAAGUGGUGACAGUCAGAUUAAGUGUUUCUUCGUUUUAGAUACAGCAUUUUAAAGCAGUUGAUAAAGUCUCUUCUAAUUGAGAAGCUAGUAUUGACCAAAAUGUGAAAAGAGUGUAUAGGAUGGGAGAGUUUGGGAGUUAACCCAAAAGACACAAUCUCAGCACACAUAAGAAAGCCAGCUGCUAUUUCGUGCUUUCUUCAAUGGUUCUCCUCUUUUUUUUUUCUUCCCCCCUCCCCAGAUUUUCAAAGGUAUACAACGUCCAAUCCUUGCUUUUAAAAAGCCGAACAGCAUUCACACUUGUUUUCUUCGAUGGGUUUUGUGUGCAGAUGCAGUAAGAAUUCCUUUUUCAUUCUAAUAGUGUUUUCCAGAACCCUCCCUCCCCUUAGGGAAUUUGAUGUACAUUUCCUAAAAUAACACAGCAACAAACCUGGUAUUUAGAUCAUAUACAACAUAAAUACCGUUUUCCCUUGAUUUUUAUAAAAAUUACAUUUGACUUUGGAGAAUGCAGGUUGACCCGUGUGACUAACUAGCUGACCCAAUCGCUGUAAUUUCACAUCAUUUAUAAAUUCUGCUGAUGGACAGGAAUGUAUGAAGGCAAUUAUUGUCAGCACAAAGCCUUAAAACCUGCUGACUUUAAGUUAAACAGCGCAGUCCUGUGAUGCCUGCCUCAUUCAGGAGACACAGCCGCUCGCGGGGUGGACAGAGUGCAGGGGCACCGGCCGGAACACCCCCGGCUUCGCUCUGCACCCACAGCCAAACCCAUCACCCAGCUUGCACUCUCCAACACAGCACACACAGAGCCAUCAUAUCCGAUUUGUUCUUGUUCCUGCUUAUUUGGGGCAAAAAAAAAAAAUUGGAUAAUGAUCACAUUGGAAUAAAAUGCAAAACUUUCCACCACCCGCCCCCCCCCCCCAAAAUCCAAUCAGCACAAAGUAGGGAAGCAAUCUCAACUUGUGGUCACACUCUUUCGCCUUGCUUCAUGCACAAAUGUAUGACAUUCAUCGUUGGCUUCAGGAUACAACUGGGUCUCUGCUAUCCCGUGUAAUUCACAUCACCAUUGUGUUGCUAUUUGCAAGGUAAAAGGCAAAACCAUAGUGUAUUCACACAUAUAGGCAGAUUGCUGGAUCUUCUUGAUCUGGGGCAAAAUUCGGUACUGAUUCCAGACUUAUUUGGAUUUUUAGUGUGAUUCUCCCCUGCCUUUCUAAUUGAAAUAGAUGAAUUAAGCAAAAGUAUGUGUUCACAACCAAAUGUUGAUGUGCUUAUCUGCGGUAAUAUCCUCCCAAUGUUCACUAAGGCAUAGAAAUUAUUUCAGAGUAGAAAUUGCAGUAUGAGAAUAAGCUCACCUCAUUGUCCUGGAAAUAGAAUGCAAUCAUUUUGCUUUUAGGUGAUUUUUUUUCUUUUAUUCUCUUACAAUCAGAAAAUCUUGUGCCUCCCAGUGCAUUGGAAAAUGACAAAAGCCUGUCUCUCAAAAAACUCCUAUUUAACAGGUUUUUUUUUUUUUUUAAAUCACCAUCUUUCAAAUCUUAGCUCAACUCUC